GUCACCCGACCUGCCUGCAGUUCACCCUGAACAUGACUGAGGCCGUCAAGACAUACAAGUGGCAGUGCAUAGAGUGCAAGUCCUGCAUCCUCUGUGGGACCUCCGAGAAUGACGACCAGCUACUCUUCUGUGAUGACUGUGACCGUGGCUAUCACAUGUACUGUCUAAACCCCCCAGUGGCUGAGCCCCCAGAAGGAAGCUGGAGCUGCCACUUAUGCUGGGAACUGCUCAAAGAGAAGGCCUCGGCCUUUGGCUGCCAGGCCUAGGGCCCAGGUCACAGAAUGUGACUUGCUGUUGGAGAGAGGCUGAGCCAGAGCCUAGUUCAAACCAGAUCGAGCCCUCCUCCCACACAUCCAGACAGACCAAUGUAAGGAAAAUAAAUAGUCACAGAGGGGCAUGGACACAUGGAACCACGAGGGCGAGGUACCUCGUCACCUCCCCCACUCCACGUGUGGUGCUGCAGCCAGCACCUCCUUGCUUCUACCAGAGGAUCUCGCACUUUUGAAGAACCACCUCAGUCCCAGCCCAGUGGAGC